AUGGACCCCUCAAUUAUGGAAAAGCAAUGGGACGAACUCCCCGACCCCAAACGCGUCUGGGUAGGCCACCCAGGCAGCCGAGAAGAAGGUCUCGGCCGUCUGGUUCUGCUGACGCCAGAGCGGGUGGCUUCAGCCGCACAGACACAGAUCAAGACUGGGAUACGCGUCAAUCUCGGUUGGGAUCUGAACAAGCUUGAGUUUGCGUGCUUUAACCGGCAGCCGUGCGAGCUCAAGAUGGUGCCGCUUCUGGGUGGUGUUGCUUUUGACGAUAUUUACGUUAUGAAUCCUCGACGCGGAGUUCUAAUCGACUACGCAUCAUGGGCUGAGAAGAAGGGCAUCACCUACUCAACCUUCUCUCUACACACCAUCAAACUCAGCGACAUCCACCAGAUCGCCAAGGAAUGUAACAUCACUUUCCAGCGCGGCGACAUUCUUCUUGUUAGAAUCGGCGUGAUCCAAGAAUGGGAGCAUACAAUGGAUGUAGAUGCCAAAAAGGCAUACGCUGCUACAACAAGCCCUCAACAUGCAGGUGUCGAAGGAACAAUGGAAGUGCUCCAGUGGAUAUGGAACACGGGCUUUGCAGCUGUGGCGGGCGAUGCUAUUAGCUGGGAGGUAAGUUUAUGUGAGCUGUUUUAUGUCUGGUACUGA